GUCUCUCGAGACGGAGCAGCUGGCCUCACUACAUCAUCUUCUGAGGAAUGUUAUCAGCAGUCUCCUGAUGCCUCCACCCAACAUCUAGACCUACGCCACCGAGACUCGAGCGCUCAUUCUACAGAGCGAGAAGGAAAGAAAACGUCGGGAAGUUACUUCAUAUAUUUACACUUUUUGUCAGAGAGUUGCUCUUUUGAGCGUUGUUUCCAAAAGCACCAAGGCAUUUUCAAUAGAGCACUCAGAGAAGAUAACGCAUAAUGAUGACUAAGCUGAACCAUUAGCAAACUGGCAACUGCCAAAGGGAGCCACAAGAGACAGCGGUAACUAGCCCGCUCAGAAACACACCCACAGGCGUCUUAUCACUGAGUUUCUUGCAUCCUUCGGGGCAGAAUCUGACCUUCCUUCCGCAGGAGCCUCAGGUCGCGAUGUCGUGGUCGAAGGAGCAUGUGCUGAGCGCGACGCCCGAGCUGCUCCCCUUCGUCGUCCUCGCCGGCGCCGUCGGUCUGCUGCUCAUCUGGGUCUUCAGGAGGCAGCAGAAGGUGUGGCUGAUCGACCAGAUGCCGGGACCAAAGGGGCUUCCCAUCCUCGGCAGCGCCCUCUUCGUCAGCGUGGAGCCCGUGGAGCUGUUCAAGCGGGUCCUCAGCUUCUGCGAGUACGGCCCGGUCAUGCGCGUGUGGAUCGCCAACGUGGCCUACGCCAUCAUCAGCGGCGCCGAGGCGGUCGAGGUGAUUCUGAGCAGCCAAAAGCACAUCGACAAGAGCCGGGACUACACCUUCCUGUACCCUUGGCUGGGCACCGGACUCCUCACCUCCACAGGCACCAAGUGGCACUCCCGCAGGAAGCUCCUGACGCCCGCCUUCCACUUCAAGAUCCUGGAGGACUUCCUGGACGUCUUCAACCGCCAGAGCGCCCGGAUGGCCCAGCGGCUGAGCGGAAAGGCCGACGGGAAGCCCUUCGACAUCUUCCCUUACGUCACCCUCUGCGCUCUCGACAUCAUCUGCGAAACCGCGAUGGGGAACACGGUCAACGCGCAGGACAACAGCGAAUCGGAGUACGUCAAGGCUAUCUACAGGAUAGUCCACAUCAUCCAGAUGCGGAUGUCCCGGCCUUGGCUUCAGCCCAACGUGCUCUUCAAGGCGCUGGGAUACGCCAAGGAGCACGACGCCUGCCUCAGGACGCUGCACGGGUUCUCGCAGGAGAACAUCUCCCGGAGGCGCCAGGCCCUGCGCGACGGCCGGGGGCGCCACGCGGAGGCCGGCGCCGACGAUCUGGGGAGGAAAACCCGCCUGGCGUUCCUGGACCUCCUGCUGGAGUACUCGGAGGACGGCGCCAAGCUCUCCGACGAGGACAUCCGCGAGGAGGUGGACACCUUCAUGUUCGAGGGCCACGACACCACCACCGCCGCCGUCAACUGGGCUCUCUACCUCCUCGGACACAACCCGGAGAUACAGGAUCGACUGCAAGAGGAACUGGACGGCAUAUUUGGAGACAGCGACCGUCCGAUAACUAUGUCUGAUCUGCGGGAGAUGAAGUACACAGAGAACUGCAUCAAAGAGGCACUGAGAAUCUACCCGUCGGUGCCAAUCAUUGGCAGGGAAUUAAAAGAAGAUAUAACUGUUGGCAAGUACCACAUCCCGGCCGGCGUGACAGCCAUGAUCUACGUGUACCGCCUCCACCGCGACCCCGAGCAGUUCCCGAACCCGGAGGUGUUCGACCCGGACCGCUUCCUGCCCGAGAACUGCAAGACGCGGCACCCGUACGCCUACGUCCCCUUCAGCGCCGGCCCCAGGAACUGCAUCGGCCAAAAGUUCGCCCUCAUGGAAGAGAAGGUCAUGAUCAGCCACGUCCUGAGAAAGUUCCGCGUGGAGAGUGUCACUCCGAGGAAUGACCUGGAACUUGUUGGCGAAAUCAUUCUCCGGCCCUUCGAGGGCAUCAGGGUGAAGCUGGUCCCCCGGCGCGAUGCUGAGACUGCUCCCGCGAUGCUCAAGUCCAGGAGCGAUUGCUGAGACUGCUACUUCUUCCACGCGAC